CUGUAAGAUGAUGGCAGCGCCCCGAGGAUGCCUCUACUCUCUCAGUAGGUCAUGGUAACUACAUACAUCGUCGUAUAUUUACCACUAUAUCCUCCCCAUUUCAUCUAGAGUGCUAGUUCUCAUCUUAUGUUGGCAACUCUCGUCCGAAGGCAAGACAGGAAACGCAAGGCACAAGCCACGAAGAUGAAUUUAUAGCCCGACGACGAAUAUACCGACGCACUUGCAGAUAUAGCCACGACCACGACUGAACGCUCGCCCGCCCAUGGGGCAUUAUGUUAUCUCUCGUCGACACUCCUACACCCCACGCUUCCGCAGCAACAUGGGUUGACUCCAUCGCCGCCACACCCCAGACCGCCAACACCUCCCGCUCCCGACGCAGCCUCCCCCAGCUCGCCCAGCUCGCCAAAACCUCCAACACAUACCUCACCUCGACCGUCCUCCACCUGCGGGAUGGCCUCACCUCCAACCAGCGGCUGGCAGCCCAGCACAGAGCCGAAAACAUCCACCUCGUAACCCAGCGGUUGCGCGACGCCACAAGGGUCGAAGAAUGGAGGGCUGCGGCGCUGGAGCUGGAUAUACUGGAAGGCAACGAGGCGUGGAAGACGGAUAAUGAGACUUCGGAGUUUGACGCCCCGCUGAUUCAGGCGCGGUUGGAUCUCUUGAAUGAGGCGCGGGCGAGUGGGGAUGUGAGGCGAAUGUUGUACCUUGUGCGGACGUCGCUGUCGCGCGGGUUGGGGGGGAUGGGGAAUGUGGAGUUAUACCAGCAUUCGCAUGUGGGAACAAAGGAUCUGAUCGAGAGCUAUAUUGAUGCGACGAUCGAGACGAUACAGAGGCUGGCUAGGACGGAAGACAAGGCGCUGCCACCGGGGCUGGAUACUAAAGAUCUAAUGGAGCAAGUUGUGCUUGCGCGGCAGGCGUUUGGCAGGAGUGCGUUGCUGCUCAGUGGCGGGGCGACGCUCGGGAUGUACCAUAUUGGCGUUCUCAAGGCGUUGUUUGAGGAGAAGCUGCUCCCGCGUAUCAUCUCUGGGGCAUCGGCGGGCUCCAUAGUCUGCUCGGUCCUGUGCACACGUACUGACGAAGAGAUUCCCGACGUGCUGCGCGGAUUUCCUCACGGGAACCUUGCCGUCUUCGAAGAGCAUGACCGCGAAGAAGGCGCCUUGGAACAUAUCGCGCGCCUCCUCACCGACGGAGCCUGGAUAGACAUCAAGCACCUCACCAAAGUGAUGCAAGAGCUCCUCGGCGACAUGACCUUCCAGGAAGCCUACAAUCGCACGCGCCGCAUCCUCAACAUCUGCGUCUCGCCCUCCUCGAUCUACGAGCUCCCCCGCCUCCUAAACUACAUCACCAGCCCUAACGUGCUCAUCUGGUCCGCCGUCGCCGCCUCCUGCUCCGUCCCCUUCGUCUUCUCCUCCGCGCACAUCCUCGCCAAGAAUCCCGCCACCGGCGAGCACUCACCCUGGAACCCUACACCGCUGCGCUGGAUCGAUGGAAGCGUCGAUAAUGACCUCCCAAUGACUAGCCUCGCGGAGAUGUUUAAUGUAAACCACUUCAUCGUCUCGCAGGUCAACCCGCACAUCGUGCCCUUCCUCUCCUCCUCCGCCCCCAGCCUCUCGCAACCCUCCGCAUUCAAGCUUAACUCCCACCUCGCGCCCCUCCUCGCUCCUCUCACCCGCCUCGCCAAGUCAGAAGCCCUGCACCGUCUCCACGUCCUGGCGCAGCUGGGCGUGCUGCCGAAUAUCUGCAAUAAGGCGCGCAACAUGCUGUCUCAGAAGUACUCUGGCGAUAUCACCAUCCUGCCGAGGGUGGAGUAUCGUGAUUUCGUGGCGAUAUUGAAAAAUCCCACGCCGGGGUUUAUGGUUAGGGCGUGUGAGGCGGGGGAGAGGGCCACGUGGCCGCUGCUGGGGAGGGUGAGGAAUCAUUGUAGUGUGGAGUUGGAGCUGGAUCGGGCGGUGGCGGAGUUGAGGGCUAGGGCGGUGUUUGGGAGGGUGGAGGGGGAGGGGGGAGCGCAUGGGCAUGGGUAUGGGGGGAGGAAAGGAGGGAGGCCGGUGGUGGAUAGAACGUGUACUAGUGUUACGUGAGGGUUUAGAUGAUAUAUAGAUUUUGUAGAUAAAGACGUUUUGAACAUUUUCCCAAGAUUCCGAGGGCUCCGCGGAUGCUUUGGGUUUCUAUGUGGUGACCAGCUGUUAACUGAGCAGUCGUGUGUGCAGCUAGUCAUACAGAAUGUCAAAUGUUCACCGAACAGAAGACCUAUCACCGAGAACACAUAUCCGGCCAUCAACGCUCUUCUUCUCCAUUACGGAAAUAUGAGUACAGAACACUAACCGGGGCAAUCGUCUAUGUUCCCGCGACCAGACAAUGAAUGUCCACGUCGCUGGGGUUACUUGGUUACGCCUGGUUACAAGUCCCAGAACGGCAUUAUAGAAUGCCAGAGAACACAAAGUUGGUAGGACAGAACAACAGAAAUCCAG